AUGUUCGGGGGGAGUCUUGGCAUUGAUCUUCCCCAACAACCUUGGAAGCUUCGCAUCAGUUUGCUCAACUUUUUUUCCCCUUCUAUCAACUUCACAUUAUUCACGUUUUCUUUACUCAUUAUGGAUCUCUCGAAGCAUAUUGAGUGUCUAUCCAAAUGGCCAGCCCAUAUUACCCCUGGCUUACCUACUUAUGGAGCCUUGUUCCUCCUGGCGACUGGUGGGCUGGUCAUUGCCUGCAAGGUCUGGACGUUCGUGCGGGUGCUUCUCAGCCUGUUCGUGCUUCCAGCUUCGCUCGUUCGGCCCCCCGGUAGUUGGGCCGUGGUAACGGGCGCCUCAGACGGUCUGGGCAAAGAAUUCGCACUGCAAUUGGCCAAGUCGAAGUUCAACAUUGUGCUCGUAUCACGAACAGCCUCGAAGCUGGCAACCCUGUCAGAGGAUAUCAGCAAGCAGUUCCCGCAGGUGCAGACCAAGACACUCGCAAUGGAUUUUUCACGCAACGCCGAUGCCGACUACCAAGCGCUGGGUGAACUGGUCUCAGAUCUGGACGUGUCCGUGCUAGUCAACAACGUUGGCCUGAGCCACUCGAUCCCCGUUCCGUUUGCGCAGACCCCCGCCGCAGAGAUGGCUGACAUUGUGACCAUCAAUUGCACCGGCACGCUGCGCGUCACCCAGCUUGUCGUCCCGGGCAUGAUGCAGCGCCGCCGCGGUCUGAUUCUGACUAUGGGAUCCUUCGGUGGUCUCCUACCAACCCCGUUCCUCGCCACUUACUCCGGCAGCAAGGCAUUCCUUCAGCAUUGGUCUACUGCUCUAGGCGGCGAGUUGGCCCCUUACGGCAUUGAUGUGGAACUUGUCCAAGCCUACCUGAUUACAUCUGCCAUGUCCAAGAUCCGUCGUGCCUCGGCUUCUAUCCCUACCCCGCGGGCUUUCGUUCGCUCCGUUCUAUCGAAGAUUGGUCGCAGUGGUGGAUCGCCUACCUAUGCUUACAGCUCGUCGCCCUACUGGAGUCAUGGUAUCAUGGCCUGGUUCUUGACUUCUGUUUCUGGGACUAUGGGCAAGCUUGUUCUCGGGCAGAACAAGUCCAUGCACGAGAGCAUUCGGAAGCGCGCCCUUCGAAAGGCUGAGCGUGAGAAUGCUAAGAAGAGCACUUGA